GGGGGACCUUGAAUGCAACAUUAUGGGAGGGUCUUGUGAGUAUCAGUUUGGUCGCUUCCUUGGCCGCUCACCCUGAUUACUGCUGCUUCAAGGGAAGGGCGACAGCAGGAGGGGAACACGGAGGUCUUUGGCAUUUAAAAGCACACUGUGGGAAAGAUGGCUGCUAUCAGGAAGAAGUUGGUGAUAGUUGGGGAUGGUGCGUGUGGGAAGACCUGUCUGCUCAUCGUCUUCAGUAAGGACCAGUUCCCAGAGGUCUAUGUCCCCACUGUGUUUGAGAACUACAUUGCUGACAUUGAAGUUGAUGGCAAACAGGUGGAGUUAGCAUUGUGGGAUACAGCAGGUCAAGAAGACUAUGACAGACUGAGGCCUCUCUCCUACCCCGACACAGAUGUUAUCCUCAUGUGCUUCUCCAUAGACAGCCCCGACAGUUUAGAGAACAUUCCCGAGAAAUGGACACCUGAAGUGAAACACUUUUGUCCCAACGUCCCGAUCAUUCUCGUGGGUAACAAGAAGGACCUUAGGAAUGAUGAACACACACGCAGGGAGCUGGCCAAGAUGAAACAGGAGCCGGUUAAGCCUGAGGAGGGCAGAGACAUGGCCAACCGCAUCAGUGCCUUUGGCUACCUGGAGUGCUCCGCCAAGACCAAAGAUGGUGUGCGGGAGGUGUUUGAGAUGGCCACCAGAGCAGCGCUGCAGGUCCGCAAGCGCAAGAAGAGGGGUGGCUGCCAGCUACUGUGAAGGGACGGAGUUUGUUGGCCAAUCAGCACCUGAGGGAAGACCCCCCACACACACACGCAGAGCAAACUUAAGAGAAACCUUAAAUCAAUGGCUUCCGUGGACUAUACUUACUUCACAGAUGCAGAAAUGCCACAGGAGAAUAUGAAAGACUGACACACCUGUUUAAAUCAAAACAAAUCAGCUUUUUCUUUUAACUCUAUUUCCUCUGCUACUCACACACUGUUUUGUUUUCUGUUUGUUUGCUGUUUUGUUUUCCUCCACCAGAAUACCAGCCUGUUUGUGUGAAGGACCUGUCCCUUCCUCCUAUAUGAAUGUAUGUUUGUAUUUAUAUGUGCGUAUACUUUACAAAUAUAUCAUGCGUCUGGCUCUGUGUUAAGAUUGUUUACAGAGAAGGGUCUUGUAGCUCACAUGCUCACUGACUAUCUUGUUCUCAGCUCACGGCUACAAGUUGCAGACAGUUUUAGAGUUGCUUUAAUUAGUAUGGAACCCCUGCUUCUCUUGAACCUGCAUGUACCACUCAGUCUCCUUUUUUAUACAUCAGCUUCAGUCACAAUCUACCUAUUUCUCAUAGCACUAUUAAUUUUACACCCUUAAAGUCCUGUUUCACCAACUGCUGAGUCAGCAGAUCUCUGUUUCCCCCAGAUUUAUAUUCUGAUAUAAAGGACUAAAUUUAGAGUUUGUUCACAUGGCAUUAAUCCACAGAAACCUACAUAAACUGAAGCAGCAGCGACUAUUUGUGUGGAGAGGUUUUGGACUGCACCUUGCUGUGUCUCUCUCCCAUGGCGAUAGCUUAAACUGGCACUGGAGACAGUGGUCUAUUGUCAUGGACACAAUACUCUGAGUCACGCUCACACUGGCUCUGAAAGAUCUGCCUGUACCAAGACAUCACCAACGCCUUCCCCAAACAAGCCUCCUGUCUGAACUCUGUACUGUUGAUUCAGAUCCAGUGUACAGUCAUUAUGCAUCACUGUAUACUGAUUUUGAUAAAAGUGCAUACUGAUUUUGAUAAUGGAUGCAUACAGCCGUAUUGAUAUUGAGACAGAUUACAGACCCAUUCUGUGUAUACAUUUUUAAUAAAAUUUCUAACUGACAACUUGAUUGACAGCUCAGACUUUAUUACAAAUGUGCCUCAGUUUGGCUCACCACCAGUAGCUCUCUUGACUAUUUGAAAUUGGUGCUUUGUUGGUGCGUAAUAGGCCUUUAUAUAACACACAAGGGACAUUCCUUGAAAUGUGAUUGGAAGAACAAGGAUAUCGGAGUGGUAGCCAGUGUCCGGUCAAAAUGUUUAUCUAGGUAUCCCUUAAAGAUCAUUCAAAUGGGGCCAACUGAUAAACAGAGGAUGUGUAUGUCUGGGAACAAUUGUGGUGUGUUUGGGCUCAAAACUUAAAUGGUAAAUUUGACUUUUUUUUUUCCACACCAAUGCUUCAUAAAGGUGCUUUUUCAUAGAUUUUAACAAGAAAUUGCAACAGAAUUGAGAUGAAAAGCCAGAGAGCAACUUUGUCAGUGGCCGCAACCACAAUUCAAACUUAAGUAAUUUUCUCUAGAUGUGUAUUCUCAUCACUAAGUGACAGAAUCAUCAAACCACCUCAUCUUCUUGCAUGCAGCCCUCUGAUGCAGUUAGUGUAUGUUUCUGUAUCAUGGCUGGAGAAAAGAGAUGCGGUAAAUAUCACAUAACAGGUCCUGUCAUGGAAGAGCCCUGAACACAAUAAGUGUAUUUAAUGGUCCCUAUAUUGAUCUUACCACCAUUAUAAGCUACAACUGUGGUGAUCUUUCUUUUAUCCGGUACAUUCAGAUCCAUAGACGUCAGAAUGUUGUGGGCUUGGGCUAAUUCCUGGACAGUGCCUCUAUGUAUGUAACAUCAAACGCCAUAGUUCAAGAGAAAAUGUUGAUUGUGACGACGUUUUACAAACAGGAGUGGGAUGUGUUGAAUGUCUGGAUGAGACAUGUUAAUAAAGUAUUUUUGAAAUACUA